UCAUUCCAAACUGUGCGAGCGUGCCAGUAGGACACAUCAUACAACUUCUACCACUACAAAAACCCAGCUCAAGAUGGUUAAUGAAAGCAGAUCUCUGACUGAGGCUCUGCAGUCCGCCGAGGCUGAGGGUCGCGUCACCGUCGGCGUCUACGAGUGCGCAAAAAUCAUGAAUGAUGAUCCUGACAGCGUGUCCUUCUGCGUCCUGGCCAUGGAUGAAGAGUUCGAGUGCGACAUCGCGCUCCAAAUCCACUUCACUCUCAUCCAGGCUUUCUGCUUCGAUAACGACAUCAGCAUCGUGAGAGUGAACGACGUGCAACGUCUGGGUGAAAUCGUCGGUGCUAAAGAUCAAACCGAGGACUGUCACUGCCUUCUUAUCACGAGUCCAGCUGAUGGUUCGUGGGAAGACCCAGCUCUGGAGAAGCUGCACAUGUUCUGCGAAGAAAGCCGCCGCUCCAACGACUGGCUUCCAGAGAUCACUCUGCCAGCUCGCUGAUCUGCUGAUGGGACUCUUCUCACACGAGAGGCUGUUAACCCUUAAUGGAAAUACAUGCAUCCUUUGAAUAAAGGAUGAUGAUGAUGAUGAUGUAUCUUCACAUCCCUGGACGCUUCUGAGGAGGCUCUAAUGCAGUCCAGGCAGCGCGGGGCAUGCAGGCCCGAAGUGGCCUUUCGCCUCACGGUUCCGUCGCUUCUCGUCCCGUCCAUGCCAAGAUGGUCCUCCUUCUUUAUGUGAACGAGGCCGGGCAUGCCACGAGAGCGACCCAGCGGCCCUCAUUCUUUGUGCGGAUGAGGUUUGGAGAGGAAGGAGAAAGCGAGUUUGUGCUCCACAGCGCAAAUUUCGCAUCGUGCGUUAGACACGCAGAGGACGCGGUGGUGCGUCGUAGCGACGUUUUUGAGAAAAAUGGACUUAACAUCAGGGACAUUUUUUCUUUAAAAAAAAAAAACGUAAUUGCCGCACAGUAUAACGUACCUUAUUGUCGGCAAUGUGCUUCUUUCCACUUUCCAGAAUUGUCUUAUUCUCUAAAGGUUUAACUUUAGAAAUAUUUAUGACAAGAAAUGAAGUCUAAAGGUUUCACUUUAGAAAAAAAAAGAAUAAAACAAUAGUAAAACUAGUUAGAGAAAAUGACCUUUCUGUAAAACUUUCACUUAACUGUGAUAAAAAAAUAAAGAAAAUAAACUCUUAAUUGGUAUAUAUCUUGGUUUCGUUUGUACAUAUUCUGCUCAUACUCAUUCUGGGAUUUCUUUUCUGUUCAAUUUAAAGUGCAAUUUAAAGACAAAUCUAGUUCUCUCAGUUGAUUAGACUGAAUAAGAUUAGGUCAAGUGACCUUAAGUGUUAAAACUGAGAUGUGACUAGCAUGGCACAAUCAGCACACAUUGGCCAAUUGAUACUGUGUUUACAUUAAUAAUCAGUGUGUACACCAAAUUUUUGCAUUUCCAUUUGAUCAUCUGACAGAUGAUAUGAUUUUUCCAAAGUAAAGUCCAAUAGAGGCAGAAUCAUUCCCAAUUGCUUAAAGAAGAGGCUGAGUUUUUCUCGACUGACAAAAAGCAAAAACUUUGGGUAUAAUGCAGUCAGUCAAGCAACAAACAAAUAGUGUAAUAGCAAUAAUAGUGGUAUAAACAAACACAGUAUACACUGCUUUGCAUUCAAGGUAGUCACAUGAGAAAAGAACACACCAAGGUAUAAAGAGAACAUGUCUGUAUAGACCUAUAAGCAUCCACACUACACUCAAGCAGAGAGCGCUGAGGGAGUUGCAGUGUUCAAGUAUUUUCUGAAAAAUCUGUAUCUUGAAGAGUUCUUAAACAUUGUGAGAGAAAAUGUCCAAAACUGUUAUUUUCCCUUACUAUCGCCAGUUCAGAUCUAUAAGUAUCUGAAAAGACAGAUGCAGAACCUUGUCUGGUUAGCUUGGUUUAAGUAAAAGGAUCAGAAAGACGUAUAAAAGCACUGAGUGUGUCUGGUUCUGUGUGAGCUGCUAUGCAGAAGGCCUGUUAAAAGCAUUUUACUGUCACAAAAAGUGCUUGUUUUUAGUCAUUCAAAAUCACUAUAAGUUUUAAUCAAGAAGGUGUUUAAUCAAGAAGGUGGCAACUAUCUGCUGCCCUGUGCUGGAUAAAACCUUGUCUUGGUCAGAAAAGUGAGAGGCUAGUGGAAAGGCUCAUGUUUCACUCCGCACUUUUAUAGUGUAACAUUAGCUUCAACAUUUUGCAUAGUUUACC